AUGCUUGAGAUUCCUGCCCUGCUACCAGAAAGAUCAAAGCACAGUGGCAAGCUACGCCCGCGCGAAUCCCUGGAAUACCGGCAAAAACAGCAGGUUCUUGAGUUCGAGUACGUCAGAAGGCCGCAGUUCGAGAACUUUCUGGUGACUGAGGGAAGCGUCGUUACACGGCGGGUACGUUUCCUGCCGUUGCUCCUGGCCCCGCCUACUUCUCCUCAGCCGCUGGCGCGCGAGCCGCGAGCUCCCGGCGGGGGCGGGUCUCUCCGCUCCCCUGAGGUAUCCCCGCUUCAGGACCCCCCCGUACACGGCGCUGGACCGCUCCGCUCCGAAUCAUGCCGGCACCGGAGCUGCUCGCCUCGGCAUCAGGGGCAGGGUGACGGCGGGCAGCUCAGCCCCACUGGUAGCGGGGGAGCAGGCUGGCGGUGGGCUCAGCGAGGCGCCGGGCCGGGCAGCCCGCAGCUCGGGGGCCAUUUGCUGUCCACCUCCGUGCCGUCGCCGGAGGUGCUGCAUCUGCCGGCUGCGGGGCGCCUCGGUCAGCUGCCAGGGCCGGCGCUGCCCCUGAAGCUUCCGCUUCCCCCGCGGCAGCGAGGGAGGCUGCAGCUCCCAUUUCUUCGGGGAGUUCAAGUGAGCGUGCCACCCCAGAGGGCGGGGGCCAGGGCAGAGGAUCUGCCGCCUCCGUCCCGCAGGUCCUGCUGCACAGCCCGCACCCGCUGCACCGGCGGGUGCUUUCAGCAGCAUGGCCAGACCCCCUGCCUCGUUUGCCUGGAGGCGGUGGUGGGGCGACCCACCUAUGACACCCUGGUCUGCCCUGCCUGUGCCAGCGCCUGGUUCCACCGUCGCUGCAUCCAGGGCCAGGCGCUGCGGUCUGCCCUGCACCAUUUCCGCUGCCCGCUGUGCCGGGACAUGGCAACCUUCCAGGUGGAGAUGUUCCGCCUGGGCAUCAAAAUCCCCGACAGGCCCUGGAGACUCCUGCUCUGCAGCUCCUGCAGCUCCCGCGGAACACACCAGCUCUGCUCUGCCGUGGGAGAAGAUGCCAACCCUGGGAGUGUGCAGACUGCAGAGGCACGGGCACUGGGACCCUCGCACAGCACUCUGGCUCCUGGCACUUUGGCUGAGGAAGGAGAGGCCAGGAUCCUGAAGGACAAUGUUGACAAAUAA